AAAGUUUUUUAUUUUCAUUUUUUUCAUCUAGUACUUUAGGCACGACUUGGCCUUCUGAAAAUAAUUGGCUUACCGCAUGGUCUGUAAAAUAUGAGUUCCACGUUUUAAAUUUUUCUACAAUGGACCUGUAUAACUUAUGCCCGAGAUAUAAAUGCUCACACCAGCCUGCAUGGUGAAGUAUAUUGUUGAUCCAUAAUUGCAGUUGUAUCUAAUCUUCUUGUAUUUUACCUAUUUUUUUAAAAAUGCAUUUUCCCAAAAUGCUUUCUUGUUUGGGUUCUCCCCUUUAUUGACGGUCCCUGGACUGGCCGGCUUCCCAUAGCAACCCAUGUAAACAUUUCCUAAUCAAUGGACUGCUGUACUGUUGUUUAGUUGAAACCGUGGUUGAAAAACAAAUCAAGACCCAGCAUUCAACGUUGCAAUGUGCAGCGAAUACUACGACAAGCUUGAAAUAAACAGAAAUGCGACAGACGCAGACAUAAAAAAAGCGUAUCGACGUCUGUCACUCAAGUUUCAUCCAAGCAGCAACAAAGAACCAGAAAGUGCAGAGAAAUUUUACCAACUGGGUGAAGCCUACGAUGUUUUGAGUGACCCUCGAAAAAAGGCAACAUAUGACAAGUUUGGAGUGGAAGGCCUGAAAGGUGGAAUCCCAUAUGAGUUUGGCAGCGGUGGCGCCUGGUCAACCAAAUACGUAUACCACGGCAAUCCAGACAAAACCUUCCGUCAGUUUUUUGGCAGUGACAACCCCUUCGCAGACUUUUACACAAAUGACAUCCCACUGCUGUUGGGUGGCCUGCUACCAGAAGAGGUCAAGACGCAAGACCCCCCCAUCGAGAGGGAUCUUCAUUUAUCCCUGGAUGACCUCUUCCACGGUUGCACUAAAAAAAUCAAGAUAUCGCGAAGGGUUAUGAAUGAUGAUGGCUACACGUCGGGUAUUAAAGAUAAGAUUCUGUCGAUUGAUGUGAAGCCUGGAUGGAAAGAAGGCACAAAGGUCAUUUUUUCCAAAGAGGGGGAUCAGGGCCCAAACAAGAUCCCUGCAGAUAUUGUGUUCAUAGUGCGACAGAAAACUCACCCUCAGUUCAAAAGACAAAACAAUGACUUGAUCUACAAGGCCCAAAUCUCACUGGCAAUGGCUUUGACGGGUUGCUCGGUCAAUGUGGAAACACUCGAUGGCAGACUACUCAACAUUCCCAUUAAUGACAUUGUGCACUUCACAUACCAAAAAGUGGUGACUGGGGAGGGGAUGCCGCUCUCCCAGAAUCCUUCCCAGAGAGGAAACCUCAUCCUCAUUUUUGGCAUCCAGUUUCCAGAGAGGCUCUCCCCGGACAGGAAAGAUCUUAUCAAACAAGCUCUACUUUUUAAAAAUUGAUCACAAUCUGUCUUCUUUAUUCGUCAUCAAGAAGAGAAAUGGAAUUCCAUUAUGCUUGGUCAUAAUGACAAACUGCUGAGUCAUGCUAAACACACUGCUUUUAACCAAACAUGUAGCUUAAGUUUGUCUAUGGCACAUUCUCUCGGGCAAUUUUUCACAGCCCACAAUAACCACAAUAAUGCACCUAUUGUAGUAGUAUAUUUGAGCGUAGAUGUUUGUAUAGCUCUUGCAUCGUGUUUCAUUGGGUUGUGCUGGUGUACCUAAUGUUGUGGCUGGAGCCUGGUCUGUCUGCACACACCUCCCAGCACGUAAACGAGGGUGUUACAAAUGUAUCGUCCGUUGUUAGGAUAGUUAGCAGUUCACCAUAUGACAACUGUUGGCAAUUGGAAACCAGUUUAGCCAGAAAAACCAAACCAGUAUGAUUUUUUUUUCUUGAUGCUCGCAAACUAGUUCAUCUUUUUUCAUAACCCAGUAAGCUGUCGAUUACACGCCCCAGUCACAACAUCAGGUUCACCUCUACAAUCUAAUGAGAUCCAAUACAGUAGCCAAAAUAUUAGAAUCACCUCUCGCAAGUUCCCGUUUACCUAAUUUCCUGGCCAGUGAGUGUUAAUCCAAUAAAGUUGACUGACUCCCCAUUUUACCUUCAAGUAAGAAAUAUGUUCGGUGACUUGAUAGACAAUGGCAAUGUAAAUCAUAUACUUUAAUAACAAUUGUUUGCAAAAAUGAUGCUUUAUUGUAUCUUCUUAACACUUUCGUAACAUGUUUAGAAUUUAUUGACCAGCAACAAAUCAAUGUAUUCCAGUGCAUAUCCUAUCAUUAAACCCGACCACAUGGCUCACAAGCAGGAACUGU